AUAGACACUCCCUGCUGGAUUGCAGGGAGUGUGGAAACGGGAAAAAAGCUUCACGUGAUUCCGGGCGGCCGCAGCGGUACGGAAGCGACGCAAGUCGGCCACAUCGCGCACGUUCUAGCUCUCGCUAUCUCAACGGACAACAAAUUCCUGGCGUCCGGGUGCAGAAAUCGCACGAUACACAUCUGGAAGCCCGACACAUGCGAGCGCGUGCACACGUUCAGUGGCCACAAGGACGCCGUCUCGGGCCUCGUCUUCAGAAAGGGAACGCACGACCUGUACAGUGCCUCGUUCGACCGCUCUGUGAAGAUCUGGAACUUGGACGAGAUGGCCUACGUCGAGACACUGUUCGGCCACCAGGACCACGUGACCGGCAUCGACGCGCUGUCGCGCGAGCGCGUGCUGACCUCUGGCGGCCGCGACGGCAGCGUGCGCGUGUGGAAGGUCGUUGAGGAAUCGCAGCUCGUUUUCCACGGCCACAGCGGGUCCAUCGACUGUGUGCAACUCAUUAACGAGGAACACUUCAUAUCCGGAUCCGACGACGGGUCCGUCGCGCUGUGGAGCGUGAUGAAGAAAAAGCCGAGCUGCCUGGUGAAGCGCGCGCACAGUCGCUCCGACGACGACGCCGACAACAACAACGCCGAGAGCACGGAGGAAGCGAAGUGGAUCGGCGCAGUGGCAGCACUGCACAGCACUGAUCUCGUGGCGUCGGGUUCCUGUGAUGGUUAUGUGAGACUAUGGCAGUGCAGUGAAGGGUACCGAUCGUUGAAGCUGCUCCACAAGAUACCCGUGGUUGGAUUCGUGAACGCUCUCCGGUUUGCCUCCAGCGGGGACUUCAUCGUCGCCGGCGUCGGUCAGGAACAUCGACUCGGACGCUGGUGGCGCCGCCGCGACGCGCGGAAUUCCGUCUGCAUCGUCCCGCUGAAGAGAACGUCAACAAAGCAGGCGUAGAGAGUCGGGACGUGUGCCUGUGGGCUGCCCCCUGGCUUGCGGGAUGGUGGUGGUGCAGCCGAGAUCAUGGGAACGCGGGAACGAGAUAGUCGUACAUGCCAGAGAUACAUAAAGAGAUAUGUAAAGAGACAGCGAAGUGUUAUUGGGACUACAUACUGCCUAAGGUGCCAUUCUUCGUUAGUGACACGACAAGGGAAAGUUAAACGUGAAGAACAGCACGUUCUACGUAUGAUUGCAAGCAGUAUGUAAAGUGAAAAGGGUGUGGGGAAUUGGAUUAUAGCGAGGCAGGCUGUCACUGAAAGAUGAACUUGUAUGAGGUGACGAAUUUCAUUGUCCGUACAUUUGUUAUCAUGAGCGAGUAAAUUCUAUUUGUUCUGAGUAA